AUGGGAUGGCGGCUAUCUUGUGACAAAAAUACAAGUCCCGGGUCGCUUGCAAAAUCUGUUCAAACUAAUCGUAUCUGAAAGUGAAGCAUGGAUGCAGAGGCUAAAGAAGCAUCUGAGGUUGUCAAGGUCAAAGAAGAGGAAGAAGAUGCAGAUGAAGGGAACGAGGCAGGCACAGGCAGCACUGUCACUGAGGUUGAUGGUCAGGACAGUCUGACAGAGGUUGGUGCUGCAGAAGGCAAACAUGCAGUUGCUGUUGUUGCAGAGGACUCAACGAUGCACACAGCAGUGGAGGAAGUGGCAACGGUUGGUUGCUCCGGGGAGGAUGCAAUGGCUCAUACUGGUAGUGAGGACAUAGUGACGGUUGAUACUGUUGGUGAUGAUGUGAUGACGGUUGAUACUGGCGGAGAGGACACCACGACGGUUGAUACUGUAGGUGAGGACAGUUUGAUGAUUGACACAGCACAGGAGGAGGAUCCAAAGGACAUGGAAGAGAAGAUGGAGGAAGAUCCUGGAGAAGAAGCUGUUGAGAGCGCUGUUAGUGAUGAUGUGAAUCUUGUCCCUAGUGCUGAUGCAGCUGUAGAUAUUGAAUCUGUGAACACAUCCCCAGAUGCAGAGAUGCUGCAGGAAGAAGACCACCUAGUUCCUGCUUCAGAGGAUGAAUCAAGGGCAAUAACUCUCAGUCAGGACAGUGGGGAGGGGCAAUCAGGGGCAAUAACUCUCAAUCAGGACAGUGGGGAGGGACAGUCAGGGGCAAUAACUCUGCAUCAAGAUAGUGGCGAGGGACAAUCAGGGCCAAUAACUCUCAACCAGGACAGUCAGGAGGAACAGUCAGGGGCAAUAACUCUGCAUCAAGAUAGUGGUGAGGGACAGACUGAGACUAUCACACUUCCACAGGAGGGAGAAGCUUCUCUCAGUGAGCAAACAGAGCCUGAGACAAUCACCAUCAGUUUGGAGGAGGCCACACAAAUCUUCCUUCAGCAGCAAGGCAUAGAAGGAGCAGUGCAGAUAGCCCCAGGGACCUAUAUACAGGUUACUGGGGAUGGCACACUUGGUCCGGCUAUGGGGGGAACAGGCGACCCCCUGCAGGUGAUCGCUACCGGGAAUGGUGACCUGGUUGGGUACAGCCUGCACCCGGGAACUGGAGAGGAAGACCAUGGAAUGGUGACAGAGGUGGGAGGUCAGUUCAUCCGGAUUGAGAAAUCCAACAUUGACAGUGAGGACCUAUCCAGUGAUGCACAUGGUGCUAUGACAGUUGUGAAGGAAGAACAUGAUGUACGGGAGGAGGCAUCAGUUGUGGACAAUCAGGCAGAUGGACAUCUGGCGCAGGCGACAUCUCAGUGUCAGAUAAUUACAACCCCCGAGGGUCAGUUCACUCUGUCACAAGGUCACUAUGUGAGGGAUGCUGACGGAACUGUGGCUGCCGGUACAGAUGGGCUCAGCAGCAACCCCCAGCUGGUUCAGGUUGGGGAGGGACAGCUGAUGGCCGUGGCACAAGGCCACGCUGGACAACUGACCACUGUGUCAGACUCACAACUCACUUCACAGUCUGCAGUUCCAUUCAGUAGUCAUUCAGGAACAGUAUUCACAACCUCAGGAAAUCAGAUCAUUGUGUCGUCAGGGGGGCAUAUAUCGGUGUCAUCUGGUGGUCAGAUAGCCGUCUCAGAUGGACACCUGUCAAGUGGAAACACUGUCCAGUACUCACUACUUAACACUGGAACUCCAGUCUCUGAGGGGAGCCUUUUAUCGGGGCAGACGUCAGUGAAGCUGUGUAAGACUGAGGUGAAGUCUCCACCUCGACAGCCAGACUUGAACAGCCCCAUCAUGGUGGGAGACAAGACUGAGGUAGUCAUUGGAGGGAAGAAAUGUGUCCUGAUGAUGAACCCAGAAACCAAACAGAUUUGUGCCUACCCAUUGCUGCCUCCACCAGGCAAGAAGAAGCGUGGUCGUCCACGAAAGCCCAAGCCAGGUGAGGACGGAUAUCUGCCGCCAAAUCUCGACGGUUCUGUAGGCUUUGAUCCGGGGGAUGACUCCCAGAGAGACCAGACGUCCAGCGCUGCAGAGGGGCUGCUAGAACUUUCCAAUGCAGGUCCUGAUGGGGUUCGGAGGAGCGGUCGGAUGAGGAAGAAGACUCGGGUCCUUGAUGACUACGAUGUCCUCGAGGUGUCCGGAAGUGAUGAUGAGUCACCACAAGAUGACUAUGAGGCCGACCCCGAAAUCACCAUUACGGGGAUGAAAAAGAGAAAGCUAGCACCCCAAAUUCCCACCAUACCUAUGGCCAUCACAGGUCUUAAGAGAGGACGAGGUCGCCCCCGCCGCUACCCCCCACCGGGACAGUCGUCCACCCCUAACAGCAUCCCAGCGGUCAUCAUCCCCACCGCCAACGGCCAGACUCUCAUGAUGGCCCCCAUACAGGGUAUCGGGAGUCUCCAAGCUCUUCAGAACCAAGCCAAGACUCUCCAGAAGAUUGAACCAAAGCCUGCAGAGUCAACAGAGGCAGCACUGGCCAUCAGCGACGGCACUCUCAUCACCCAAACUCCAGCCAAACUGAGCUCCAAUGUCACACCCAUAGCACUCGACUCCUCCAACAACUCAAUCCUUGACAGCAGCAAUAUCCUCAUCAACCCCCUGCAUGACGAUGGCGGGGACUCCGACAAUGAGGACAUUGACACGAUUGAGAAGCCAGUGUCGGUGGACGAGGAGGGGAAUGAUGGAGGUGGCCAGGCCACCAUCAUCCAGAUCCCUGAGAAUGUUCUCAGCAUGUUUGUGCAGAAGAAGGACCCCAUCAAGAUUGGUAUCAAGGCAUCGGAGACCGAUCUGGAGCGACUGAAGUGCCCCAAGUGUGACUUCCAGGGCUGCUACCCCCAGCAGUACCAGGACCACAUCGCCCAGCACGGGGACGACAUCCACAAGUGUAAAUGCUGCAACUAUCUCACCUUUGAUAAAGAUGACCUCUUCACCCACUUCAGGGACACACAUCCACGCUGUAUCUGCAGCAUCUGCGACUUCAUGGCUGAGCACGCCUACAUCAUCAAACGACACAUGAUGCGACAUAAUGCUCAAGGCUGCACCUGCGAUCUCUGUGGCAAGGUCUACAAGGAUCAGUACAUUCUGAAGAUGCAUAUCAAGAUGGUUCAUAUGCCGGCAGAGGUGUUGUUUGAAUGCACAGUAUGCUCAAAGAAGUUUACACGGAAAGCUCACCUCAAACGCCACUUACGUAUUCACGACCCUGAAAAGCCUUUCAAGUGCCCCCAUUGCGAAUAUAGGGGCUGUGAACGGUCGGACAUCUCCAAGCACCUGCUGAUACACCAGGACCCCAAGCAUGUAUGUGAAGUGUGUGGCAAGGCGUUCCGCCAUGUGAAGAACAAGGAGCUCCACGUGAAGAGACACAACGGUCAGAGAGACUAUAAGUGUGGUGUGUGUGAUUUCUACGGGUACACCUUCACUGAUAUUCGUAAACACAUCGAGAGGAAACAUGCUGAUAUCAAGACCUUGGUCUGCGACAAAUGUGGUUCCGCGUUCAAGUCCGAGGCUCUGCUGAGGGACCACCAGAAGGACACCUGCGAGGUGCUGAUGAUAGAGCAGGCCCUGGCUAUAGCCACAUCAUCAGGGGGCACCAGUCAGGCCACAAUCCAGAUCCCCUCCACCUUGUCAGUGGAUGGCAAGCACAUCACUAUUGAUGGACAACAGAUAGCAGUGGAUGACGGCCAACACAUCACUAUUGAUGGGCAGCAGAUUGCAGUAGAUGGAAGUCAGGUCAACAUCACUGUGGAACAAGUCAUGACAGAUGAUGAGGAAGAUCUGACCUUGACUGAGGAUCAGGUAGUGGAUGGUCGGAUUGCAGUCAGCGAGGCACAGGUCGUGGACUCGGGGCAGGUCAUGUCAGAGGUCAUACAUAUUCAGCGCCAGGAGGAAGAGAUGGAGGAGUCUGAGAUGGAGUCCGAGGGGAUCAUGACGAUGGCAGAAUGACCCACUGAAUCUUAGAAGAAUUGAGGCUCAGAACAUGUUCAUGAUCAUGACAGAAAGAGACAUUAGCAUCAGAAUGUCUGAAUCUGUCUCUCUUUGAACACAGCAGAGUAACCAGGAAGCUAUGAAUAUGAUUGUGCAACAGUUAGUAUAUGAACCAAUUCUGACACUGUUUGUGGCUUUGACAUUUCCAUGUUCUCCAGAGAUCCACUUCUCUUGUGAAGUGUCACAAACUUGCCAGAAUGAGCCUAUGGUGCUAUCACAUUUAUGACAAUAAUAUCUGCCGAUCUACUUAGAAAACUCAUGGACAUUUGCACUUUCAAGGAGAAAGAACUUGGUGUCUCAGAUAUUCUUUGAUCCUGCAGAGGUCACUGACAACUUCAGGAGCUAAUGAUCGAGGUGACACCACCACAGAGUACUUCAGGAGCUUAUGAUCCUGUUGGAGUCACUGACGGUUUCAGGAGCUUAUGAUCCUGGUGGUGCCACCACUGACAACUUCAGGAGCUAAUGAUCCUGUUGGUGUCAGGAAAGAAUUCAGUAUUCUAUGAUGUUCAUUGUUCAUCAGAAGCAUUUAAGUAUUACAUUGUUCUGGAUAAGACCCUAGACAGACCAGUGGUUCAAGAAUUCUCACACACUAGAACCCUGGAUAGUGGGGAGAUUCAUAACAUGCUUUGUUUUACUGACUAGUCACCCUGAAAUGAUAGUCUGAACCACAGGAUAGUUAGAAAUAUUGCUAUGUCUAGAUGAUGUCCUUCUUGACCACUCUGUCAGCGCAGAUCAGUCAUCCUCAUUAGUUGGUGCUACAAGACAGCAUAAUGGCUACAAUGUUCUGCAGGAUUUACAGGACAGUUAUGUGCUUUUGAUGUCUCCUUGUACCAGUGAUGGGUGCAGUUACCAUGAUUCCCAUUAGCAUCCUCGCUUUGAUACUUUGUAAAAUGUCACUUAUGUCACAGUCUGUAACUUUCAGCUCAGCUAGUUAUAGCCACUAUAGUAGAACAAUUUUUGGUGAAAAUAUUGCCAAAAGACACAUUACAUCACAUGAAUGAAAACGUGUGGAAAAGGUCCAAACAUAUGAAGCAACAGUACAAUAACAAGUCAAAAGUUUGCUUUUUAAUGUCAGUGUGUCUGAACAUCAUGUCCUGUGUUAUCAACUCUUCUGGAAAAGCAUCCUGCCAAGAGAUAAACAAUUUUAUGUUCAUUAUUGAACAACAUUCAAAAUAAAAGAGGAAUGUUUGUAUCCCCACACACCAUGGGUAUGUGCAUCACAUCAGAUCAGCCACUAAGUAUUCUUUGUGAAGCAGACCCUAGCUCUGUGUCAGCCAAAUAUUUGUAUACACUACUCAAAAAAUGUUAUGGACCACCUGAUUAUUUCAUUCUACUAUAGUUAAUCAGUCAUGGCAGAUGGUCCUUAAUCCCCUUGAAGCUUCUGGGUAGAAUGAGUCUUCAGCAAUCCAUGCUUGCAGUAAAAGGUGACUGACGGGAUCGCUGACUUGGUUGAUGCAUGUCAUUGUAUCCCAAUUGCGUGGAUUGAUGCCCAUGACAUCAAUCACUGGAUUGUCUAGUCCAGUCUCGAUUAUUUACAGAAAUAAUGCUAAGUGAAGCAUGAAACAACAAAGGAACAAACAAAGAUGGUUCUUAACUGUUUUUAAAUAGUAUACAUGCAUGCAAAAUAACUUGUGCUGAUGGUGACAUUUGAUGAUAUUUAUACAUUAAUUUUUUAUAUUGGAUGCUUGAAUCUGUUUGAGAGAUACCUGCAUUUCCAUAUACAUUCCAACUGUCUAUAUGUCUUUGUCAUCACAGCAAUGUUGUAAUAGGGGUAUACAUGAUUUACUGAAGGUUUGAUCGUACCCUUGUGCCAUGGUAGAAUUCUGAAAGUUUGAUGCAUCAUGAUACUUUAUGCCACGGUGUGAGUCUCAAGGUUGAUGCAAUGUGAUAUGAAUUUGGUAAUUAUGUUUUGGUAUGGCUUCCAACCAUGUCAGGAAGAAAUAAUGGUGCUUAUCAUAACACGUGUCAACUUUUGAUAUAUCAUUUCACUACACUUGCUUUAAACACACACAUCGAGUACAUCAUUAUAGUCCUAUGUUUUAAUUCAUUCUCAUGAUAUGAGCAUACCAUAGAAUUCAGUAUACAGAAGGAAGUCGACCAUUCAUCUAAUGUAUACAAAUGAAAUAUAAGAAGUCAGUCUUAACAACAACAACAACAACAUCAGAACAAACGGUUGACAGAAUCCAGAAAAUGGGGCAUCCAUCUUGACCUGUUUGGUUCUGCCGCAAGCCUGGAUGUCUUCAAUAACUAUAUUUUCUUCUGUUUAUGAAACAUGGAUUCUCAUUGAAGUCCAGUGAUCUUGUGUUACCUAUUUCCUGGAAUCAAGGAAGGGCAUCAUCUUCUUCACAAUAGAAUCUCUUUUGUCAGCCAGGAUUAUGGAGGUACGGCUCAUGCUUCAACUGAAGGUUCUAUACACCGGUCAUCACAAAGCAGGACUUUUGUAUGGUGAUGUUAUCAUUUAUACACUCUCACAUCAGGGGCCAGAGACUUCAGGUCAUUAUCACAAGCUGUGGAUUUGCCCCUAGAAUAAUAGGAAGAAUGCAUGUGGUGGUUACACCACCCUGGGGCAAGUAGGGCUGGAGACAGGUUCUUCCGUAUGACAGACCUUCAAUAACAUCAACAUGCCUCCUUCAUUACCAGACACUUCUGUAGGCAGGAAUUCUAUACGUCAAACAUGUUUUAUGUCUGCAUGAAUUUUGAUGAUAUUACCACCGAGUCCAUUAACUUACUUUAAUGUCGACAUGAUUUUGUGAUGGUUCUAUCACGCAGGACUGUCAAUGACUGGAAAAUGUAUUGAUAUGUGAAAUGGCAUGGAUAAUGAUACAUUGAUACAUUGGUGAUACUGGUUCUUUCAUGUUGAUUUUGUGGAAGUAAUAUCAGGAAUGUCAUUGGGUGGAGAUUUCUGUAUUGACAUGGAAUUAACAAAAUUAAUGAUAUGACAAUUCACAUGUUAUGCAGACAUUUCAAAAUGUGCUCAAUAAUGUUUUGUGAAUGAAUUGCCAACAAUGUAAUUUAUGUUGAUAUUAUCUGUUAGUUGUUUGUCUUCACAGAGACCAUCGUCUAUAAGAGGCAUUUCAUGAUUUAUCAUUACUAUCAUCAGUGACAGUCUUCCUGCAGAAUCAUUCUUGAAAGCAUCAAAUACAUUAAUGCUUAGUCUUGCUUAUCACCAUUGAGCCCAUUUGUAAAUACUUCACAUGCCAUGUACAUACUAAAACAGAGACCAGUGAAGAUUCGGGGUAGAAUAGGUCGUCACCAACCCAUUCUUGCUGUAAAAAACGACUGCUUGUCUUAAGAGGCGACUAACGGGAUCGGGUGGUCAGACUCACUGACUUGG